AUGAUUUAUGAGUGUAAAUUCACAACUUCAAUUGUGAAACUUGAUCCAAAGCUUUCAAUACAAAUCAUUCUUUCUAAAUUUUUCUCAUCAUGCCAAUUUAUCAAAGAAUGGUCGGAUGAUUUAAAUAUUUUGAUAUUUCAAGUGUUGAAAACAGCAAUUUCUGCAUUUUCUAAUAUCAGAUUUGCAAACAAAGAUGAUUUAGAAUCAAUUAAUCAAAAGAUAAUUGAUGUUUGUUCAAAUACUCUAAAUGAUACAAUUUCUGACGUUCAAACGGCAAAAUAUACAAUAAGAGUAUCUGCAACAGAAUACAUGUGCGAGUUGUUAAGAUACAAUCACCAAGCGGUAAUGAUCGCAGUUCAACAUUGUAAUGAAUUAUUUGAUCUUAUGCUAGAUGUAAUUAGUAAUGAAAAUACAGAUCUUGCAGUUUCAGUGUUGAGAGCAAUAAGGAAAAUUUUGGCAAGCUGUGAUUAUGAAAGGGAUUUAUCAAAAAUAAAAUCGAUUUUAUCAUCAGAAAUUGGAGAAAAAAUGGAUGAAUUGAUUGAUGCAUUUCAAGAACAAGAUCAAGUCAUUGAGCAAGUCAAUCUUCUCAAAGAAGAUAUCGAUCAAUAUUUGGAAUUCCUAGAAAUAGAUGGAAUUGAGCUUGAAUCAUAA